GUACCUAUUGAAAAAUAUGAAGUGUUUUUUAAUUACUUACCUAUUUUUAAAGGUACUUUUGUAAAAUAAAUUGUGAUUCUAAGUUCUAUGGAUUAUUUAUAGAUGACUAUUUCACAAAAUUUCAAUUCGAUACUUACAAUGUAUUAAUGCAGCAUUCGUUUUAUCCUGUUAAAAUCUAGUAACUGUUAGAGAAACCUGCCUUUCACACCACAUAUCUGUAUUUAAUAAAUGGUUAUGAAUACCAGAAGAAAAUCUAUUCAUAAUAGCAUCAAAACACCUGACGACAUUCAUAAACCACCACUACGUGAUGCUCAUAAAAUUGCCCAGAGUAGUGAAAUAAAAACAUUAGUUGGAGAUGUUGGUAGCAUAUCAACUAUAGCAAGUAAGACCAACAAGAGCAGAAGGACUAAACUACAACAUACAUCAUCUGCAAAGCAUCAUCUGACAUUCCAAAAGAUUGAAAAGACGUACAAUAUGAAGAACUCCGUUAAACCAAAUUUCUUAUAUCCAAGCGGUCUUUACAAAGCGGAUUCGGGUGAACCAAAAUUAAAAAAUACAAGGAAUGAGAAACAAAAAAAGUCAGUAUUGACCCUUCCCACCAAUUCAGCACCAUUACCUAAUGGAUGCACGGUAAGUGAUAUGACGGACUACUAUGUGUCUAAAACUGAACAAGACCAUUUUAAAUCUAACCAUUCAUUGCAGUCUAAAGAAAUGUAUAAUUGCAAAGUAACUGGAAAAAUCAAAUUCGUGAAUACCAGCAUUAUUGAAGAUAAAACAAAACACGUUAAAGCAAAGAAAGGACAAAAAUCAUAUCUAACGAAAACCAAGACUGGAAAGGGGGAUCUAAAUGAGAUUUGGUCAGUACUUAAAAGCGUUAACCACAUGCAAUUUAGGCAGUCAUCUAUUGUUUCCAUCGAUAGUGAGAUACACACAAAACGGACAAAGACUGUUAAUAAUCCUUUGUACAAACAUAAAAUUUGCAACAAACGAUUAAUAGAAAAAUGCUGUACAACAGAAAAAAUUGAGCUUUCUGAAAAAUCUAAAACCCUGACACCGGAAUCAUCACUAUCAACACUGUCUAGAAACGGUAAAAUAACAAUAAUGAAUGAAGAGGACCAAUUUCACAAAUUAUGCAAGAAAGUUAACACUAGAUUGCAAAACCAAGUUAAACACUCUCACAAAAGUACUGAAGCAAAUAACCCAAAAGCAUGCAAUAAAUUUCAAUCACCUAAAACAUUGAUGGUCCAAAAUUAUCAAAACAGGCAUAAUAAACGUGACAAACCAUAUAAUAUGAUAAAUGGCAAAUUCUCCCAAAAUAAUUCAAAACAAUUUGAAAGAGGUGAUGCCUCAUCGGGAUCUAGUAAAGCAAGAAGAUUUUACGAAUAUGGGCAUAAAAAAUAUGUUAAAUCAUCUAUGCCGCAUAACAGAGAGAGUAAUAGUGAAGACAACAUUAAAAGUGACGCACAUAAUCGUAACGGCAUAAUCAAAGUAGUAUUCAAUAAUGAAAGGAUAGUAAAGGAAAGCUCACUAGACUCUAGUUUGGAAGAAAGGGAUUCGCCACCAAUUCCCAGACUAAGAUAUAAAUCAAAAUGUCCUACACCAAAGAGAUCUGGAAUUAAUGAAUUGAGAAGGCAGCUUGCUCGUAUACGGUUCCCUGUUGUAGUAACAGAGUGCGAUGAAUUAAGUUCUACAAUAGAGGUAUCAAACCAAAGUCCGCCCCAGUUCGACGGGUUAGAAAAGCAAAUCUGGCCCUUUAUGAAGGAUUGGUUCAAUAAAAACCACCUAACUUCGAAAUGUAAAACAUAUUUCAGAGAACAUAGACUGAAUUCGAAAUCCACUAAAUUGCAAAGCCAAUCAAUUCCUAGAAGCAAUGUAGAUGCGGCUAAAAAAAGGCUAAUUCUUAGGGCUGAUCACACUAAAGUUAUAAAAGGGGAUAACUUGACACAAAAUAAAAAUGUUACAAAUAAAAUAACUCAACCAAACAAAAAUACAAAUUUAAAAGAAACUGCAGUGGACUUGUUUAAUAAGAAUCUGAUUGGUGAAAAUACUGGUAUUAAACCUAACAAAUGCACUAAAAAUCAGGCUAAGCAAAUGUCUGCACAAGGUGAUCAGCCUUAUUGUAUGAAAGAACUCAAGUAUGCAAAAGGAAAUUUAGCAAGUGAUUUUAUCGAAAAUGUGAUCAAAAAAGUUUGUAGUGGUGUAUAUUACAAUAAAGAUAUUUCCAAAGAACCCAUUGAAAGUGUCCAAAUUAAUCGAGAUGAGAUUAAAAGUGAAUUGAUGAAACCACGAAAAGCUUUAUUACCAGUUGCUACUAUUAGCCCAAGUAACAUUUUUGCAACUAUACUGGCAUAUGAUGAAAUCUUGAAUAGUAUGGAAGUUAAUACUAAAAACACUAAAGAAUUAGAACUAAUAAAUAGCAUAGCUAACAUAGUGGUUCGAUUUGAUAUAGCAUUGCACUCAUUCAAUGAAUGUGCCCAAGUCACCGGUUCAUCAAAUUGCAUUUCAAUCACUGAUCCCGAUAGUAGUCUCAAAGUUUUUAAAUCUAACACCGCUUUAUUUAAUCACAUGUUACCGGCAUCCGUAUGCACACUGAUGCCUAUGUAUAUGCGUAAAAUCUUAUUGAAUACAAAGUCUAUGUGUAAACCAAAGGCUUUAUGGGAUCGAAAUCACACAUCAUCUGAAGUAACUGUAACAGAAAUACCACCAUCGGUGAAUUUACCAUCAUCCCAAUCCCUUCAACCGAAGCUUACUGUAAACGAAACUAUUCCUUUGGUGCCAUUAGCAAGGAAAAUAUUUAAAAAAGGACACUUCGGGCGCACAACAGCUAUCGGGAAGAUUAAGGACAAGAAGACAUCUGGUAAAGCUCUGCAUCCUGACAGUUUCCAAGAAGUUUCGAAAUUGCUUUCUAAAGUCAUGAGGCCAUGGUCAACUCAAGACAAUUCCUAUAUCAGGGUAAUGUUAGCUUAUUCUAAUAAUAAGAACACUUUAAAUCAACAUAGCGCAGAUAAUAUUGAUACAGUCCCAAUAAGUGCUAUACAUUCUCACAUUGCUCGAAAUCGGACUCUCAUUAGUUCUUCGGGAUUUGAUGUUAACUCUAUCAUGUUUAAAAUGAUGCAUUACUUCAACAGUCAAAUAAACUAUUGCUUUAAUUGGCCGACCAACAUAUCACAAUUAAAUAUUUGGUAUGGAGAAUACUUAGAGAACACACAAAUAUCAAUCAGGUUCGAAAUGAAAAACCAUCAAGACUAUCAGAAAAUUAUAACAAUUAAUCUAGAUGAAGUAGAUUUUAGUAAAGUAAACGUAAAAAGCUUUGGCAAUAAUAUGAAAUCUCUGGAUUAUCAUAAAACUGCAAAAACCACAAAGUUAAUAGAAGAAUCGUUAACAAAUUCAGAGAUGAACGUAAAAAAUAACUCAAGUAAAGCUUCGCUGAAGAAUAGUACAAUAAGAAACAAAAGAUUUCUGAGGCUUUACAGAAAAUGCAACUCUAUGAGUGAUAUCCAAGAGAAGAAAAGUGUAUCUUUACCUUUAAAUAAAAUAACGAUCAAAGACUUUUUUGAAAUCCUUGGACUAAAGCAAACUCUGGUAGACGUAAUGGAUGGAGUUGUAGAAAAGAAGAUAUUGGAAUGUUUAUCUGAAAUGAAAUCAUGGGUUUCUGAGAUAAGUCCAAGGCAAGCAUUGCUGGUAUUCCUGUUGUCAAACAAGAAAGAUACGCCGAGCUUGGUUAAAUUGAGACCGGUCGUUCUGCAAGCUAUAGCAGUCAAUAGAAUCACGCGUUCAAGUGAACUUGAUAUAGAAAUAGAAGUAAUUGAGAAAGAACAAAUUUGCCCCAUUGUCAUUCAGCAAGAUAACCCAGUCGUGCUACAUAAGCAGAAUUUCCUGUUGGAUGAACUGGUUUGGAUAGCAAAAACUACUGCAUCAGAUUACAAACGGCCUUUCAAUGAAGAUUCAGAAAAGCUACUUAAAUCACUAUUAUCGAAACGGAAGAAGCUAAAUCCUUCUUAUCUUCGAGUGAUGGCGCGGUACGUCGGUCUAGGGCUAUUGAAAUCACCUCGCAAAAAUGUAUAAUAUGUAAACCAUUUUCUUUGAAAUUUUUGAUGUCCCUCAUGUCCCUAACCUUGAAUAAAUAGCAUACAAUGGUUUUAAAAA